AUGGCAGUUGAGUCCACUUCUAUUCUGUUUUACGUAAAUGGGCAACGCCGGCAAGCGGACGGCAAUGCUUGUCUACAAACACUUCUUUCCUACUUGAGAUAUACUGAAAAGUUGACCGGAGCCAAGCUCGGCUGCGGAGAAGGGGGAUGCGGCGCUUGCACCGUUCUGUUUUCGACGUUCGAUAAUGCCACGCGACGAGUCUGCCAUCGUGCGGUCAACGCCUGCCUCUUCCCACUUGCAGCGGUGGACGGUGGAGCCGUUACCACCAUUGAGGCAGUUGGGGAUCGCAGAGGCGGGCUCGCACCAGUUCAACAAGCCCUCGUCAACAUGCACGGUAGCCAAUGUGGAUUUUGUACGCCUGGAAUCGUGAUGAGCAUGUAUGCCUUGCUGAGAGACAAUGCAGCUAAUAGGCCUGAGUCACAGCCUCUUAGUGAGCAGGAUGUUGAAACAAACUUCGAUGGGAAUCUUUGCAGGUGUACGGGAUACCGCCCGAUUCUGGAUGCUUUCAAAGGCCUAGUGAAUCAUAACAAUGAUGCAUGCCAGCCCUCUUGCGUCCUUGGUGAGGCUUGUUGCAAGGUGAGCGGGAAUUCUGGUUGCUCAAACGGAGAACUUCAGGAAAAUGGAGUCGAUAUAGGAGAUCGACAGCAAAUCAAUGGAGUUGAGGAUCAGAAUUUUGACAAGGAGUUCAUUUUUCCUCCUGAGCUCAUUCGGUACGACCAUCCCGCUCUUAAGCUUGCCCACGGGCGGUGGUUCCGUCCAAAAACUCUGGAGAGAUUUAAGGAGAUCAAAGCUGCCUAUACAGCCGCAAGAGUGAUUGUGGGGAACACGGAACUAGGAAUUGAGGCAAAAUUCAAAGGCCUGGAAGUGGAAACAUUUCUAUGUGCAACGCAUGUACCUGAAAUGAAUAGUAUCGUCACAAGUGCAGAUGGCGUGAAUAUCGGGUCUUCCGUCACGUGGACGCAGCUGAAUGAAUUUGUUAGCAAUUUAAACUCUCUGGCGAAAGCGAAUAGUCCGAAAAGGAUAGAGGAGCACAAAUAUGGUUCACUGCGAGCAAUCCAGUCCCAGCUCCGAUGGUUUGCUGGAAAACAAAUUCGCAACGUCGCGGCAAUUGGUGGCAAUAUUGUCACUGCUUCACCGAUAUCUGAUGUCAAUCCGGUUUGGAUUGCAGCCAAAGCUGAUUUUAUGAUCCUAGACUGUCGAACGGGAGACGAGCGAUCUGUGGCUGCAAAGGAAUUCUUUUUAUCUUACCGCAGAGUUGAUUUGAAGCCAGAGGAGGUUUUGCUUAACGUGCGAAUUCCGUGGAAUCAGGACCCAUGUGAUUUGACAUUUGCGUUUAAGACAGCGAGAAGAAAAGAUGACGACAUCGCCAUUGUUUCGGCUGGGAUUAGAAUUUUCCUGGAAUCAAAGAGUGAUCGUGAUACUCAAAAGGACAACUACUCAACUCACCGAGACGCCUAUUUCAUUUCUGACAUUAUACUCGCGUACGGCGGGAUUGCCCCGAAGACUGUCUCUCUGGGCGACGCUGAGUCUUUCGCACGUGGACUUCCGUUUUCUGAGAAAUCUCUACAUAGCUUGCUAGGAAAAUUGGCUGUGGAGACCUUGCUUCCAAAGGACGUCCCAGGGGGAAUGCCUGAAUUCCGACAAAGCUUAGCUCUAGGAUUUGUUUUCAAGGCCUUCCUGCAGGCUGCAUCGCAUCUCAAGGAACACUGUGCGAUGAAUGGUACUCGCUAUGUUCCUUUCUCAGACAAAGAAACGAACCUAAUGAAGGAAAUCCAGAUACCGAGAGAGGAGUAUAGAGUAAGUCGAGGUGUACAAGUUUGUACUGAUAGGGGGCCGCAAACCGCGAUGGAUUCGACUGGAACGUCUGUGAAGCACUUAUCAAGCCUCCUGCAGGUCUCCGGAGAGGCGAAAUAUCUAGAUGACAUGAAACCUAUCGACGGGGAACUCCAAGCGGCCUUCGUAAUGAGUUCAGAGAGUCAUGCCCGAAUUAUUGCCGUGGAAACUGAAGAAGCGAGUCAAAUGCCCGGAGUCUGUCGAGUUGUCACUGCGAAAGACGUAAGAGGGGUCAACAGUAUUGGGCCACUUGUACAAGAUGAGCUCUGCUUUGCUGAAGACGUUGUCACUACCGUCGGCCAAGUGAUAGGUAUAGUCGUUGCUAAAACAACUGAGCAGGCACUAAAGGCGGUAAGAGCUGUUAAGAUUACAUAUGAAAAGCUUCCUGCAAUCCUAACGAUUGAGGAAGCCAUUCAAGCAAAAUCGUUCGCUAAAGGAGUACCGGAAAGAAUCAUCCAGAAAGGAAAUGUUAGCGAAGUAUUUGCAGUUGCGGAACGGGAUGGUCAUACGGUCAAUGGUUCAGUUCGCAUUGGCGCACAAGAGCAUUGGUAUUUGGAGCCUCACGGAACGAUUGCCAUACCAGACGAGAAUGGGGAAAUGGUAAUUCUAGCAUCAACUCAAGCUGCAGCAAUGACGCAAGACGUGGUUGCAAAGGUGUUAGGGGUACCAAUGCACAAGGUUACUUGCAAGGUAAAACGGAUAGGGGGAGGUUUUGGUGGAAAAGAAACACGCUCCCUCUUCAUAUCAGCAGCAGUUGCUGUUGCCGCGCAAGCAGUGCAAAGGCCAGUGCGUCUAAUCCUCGAUCGAGAUACAGAUAUGUUGAUAACUGGGACGCGACACGCCUUUCUCGCACAUUACAAAGCUGCUUUCAAAGCCAACGGUAGAAUUACAGCAUUGCAGCUAGAAAUAUUUCACAACAUGGGCAAUUCUACUGACUUGAGUAUACCUGUGAUGGAAAGGGCCCUGUACCAUGCAAACAACUGCUACGAUAUUCCCCAAGUAAGGUUUGUAGGCAAGGCGUGUUUCACUCAUACCGCCAGUUCAACAGCAUUCCGUGGGUUUGGGGCACCACAGAGCAUGAUGAUUGCAGAAAACGUAGUUGAACACGUCGCAUGGGUGUGCAAGAUGCCGGUUGUGAGAGUUCGCGACACAAAUAUUUUCGGUAAGAAUGGGAACAGCUCAACGACGCCCUUUGGAAUGAAGUUCAAUUCUGAUCCCUUACUCUUGUGUUGGGAUGCUGCGCUAGUUGAAUCUCGUUUUAAAGAGAGAAGGAAAAUGGUGGAUGCUUUUAACGAGAGUCAUCAACUACGAAAGCGCGGCAUCUCGGCGCUACCAACAAUGUUUGGAAUCAGUUUCAGUUUUCGGGCUUUGAAUCAAGCUGGGGCUCUUGUACAUAUAUAUCACGGAGACGGAUCUGUUUUGAUAUCUCAUGGAGGAGUUGAAAUGGGACAAGGAUUGCACACUAAAAUGUGUCAGGUAGCAGCAACAGAACUCCAGCUCCCACUAGAGAUGAUAUUUAUAUCUGAAACGGCGACAGACAAGGUACCCAACGCUUCACCCACAGCUGCGUCAUAUUCUAGUGACCUCUACGGGAUGGCCGUGAGAAAUGCGUGCCAAGAAUUGAAUAGAAAUCUCGCUCCAUGCAAAGCCGCACUCGGAGAUACAGCAUCUUGGCUCAACGUCGUCAGCCAUGCCUGGUUGAACCGCAUCAGCUUGUUUGCGACCGGUUUUUACAAGACCCCAGAGAUUGAUGAUCUCGAUCUGGCCAAGCCUGGGUCGACUGGUAGCCCAUUCUUUUAUUAUACAAAUGGAGCGGCAGUAUCUGAAGUCGAAAUAGACGUACUCACAGGGGAAAGCAAGAAUCUGCGAACGGACAUAGUGAUGGAUGUUGGACGUCCUUUGAAUCCGGCGCUGGAUGUUGGACAGAUAGAGGGGGCAUUUGUGCAGGGGUUGGGUUGGUGCACAAUGGAGGAGGUCGUGAAGGGCUCGACAGGAGCCCAUGCCUGGUUGAGGCCUGGUCAGACACUGACGCUCGGGCCAAGCACCUACAAGAUUCCGGGGUUUUCGGACACUCCAGAGGACUUUCGAGUCAAAGUCUUAGAGACCAGAAACGAGAAAGAUACGAUUCACUCAAGCAAAGGUAUUGGUGAGCCUCCACUUUUCCUUGCUGCGUCGGUGUUUUUCGCUAUUCGGGAUGCCAUACGCUCGUCCAGACUGCAAUAUGGUCGAGAUGAAUGGUUUCAGCUAGACUCUCCUGCCUCUGUAGAGCGGAUAAGACUUGCGUUUUGUGACGAUCUACUAAGACGUGUCGUUCCAGAUGAAGAGGGUGUAAGACCGAAACUCACCCUUUGAUGAAUCUAUCUUGUUGAAUCCAUUCUUUGCUUCUGCUUCUAAUUUCACGUAUCAGUCGUGAAGGUUCACGGGUGAGUUUUUCAUCACGGUGUUAAUACACAUUACUAGCAAUGUGAACCCCGAAAAACGAUGAGGUCUAGUGCCAACAAAUUGUGUGUGCCAUUUGCUCUAGUAUAGGUUGUGUACUGUCAACUCAUAUGUAAACCGCGUGAUGCCCAUCCUUACAUGGUCACAUGAUGUUGUUGCCAAGAGCAAGUACGUUGAAGAUAUGAUGUCCAAAUUGACGGUUCUAAGUUUGUGAUUUUACACGAUACAUCUCCAACCCUUGUGUAUGCGUACAUGACAUGAGGGCACCUACUGUAUUAUACAUAAAAGGGAAAAUACACUUACUCCU